AUGCCAGGCGUACACCUCCCGAUCCUCCUGAGCCAAGCCCACCUUCCCGUGGCCAUCUGCUCGAGAGAGGGCCAGGUGGUCUUCUGGGUGCACGUAGAGGACCGGCUGUUCGCCCGCAAGGGCUUGGCCAUCGCCUCGCGCACCUACGCCAUUGUUGCGGCCGACACGAGCGACAGCCAAGUGGUGGUCGAAGGCAUCACCAAGGCGGGCCAGAGGUGGAGGCUCGAGAUGAAGACCAGACAACACAACAACAACUACGGUGGUGGUGAUGAUGAUGGUGUUGGCCCCAAGUUCAAGUAUCUGGCGAUGGCCGAUGUCUUCGUGGGAGGCGCAGGCAAGUGGGUCGAUCUGUUCAUCUGGUCUGACAUGCAGAGGCACCACCACGCGUGA